CUGUGCGCAACUUUCGGGAUUUGCAUAACUAACGCUUCUCCUUUCAGCGGCUUCUGACGUUGUUGGAGGAACAUAUGGUUGGCUGCCUCGCACAGUUUACAUACAGUCCUUCUGCGAGGGACUAGAGCAAGGAGAAAGUUCUGCGAAAAAUACCGGUUCCAGCCUAAAAAUGCUACGGAUUUUGAAAGAAGUUUUGUUUAUUUUUGCUGCUAAUUACCUACUUGGCAGUGAAUAUUCGGUGGCAGCAUUAAAGAUCGACGGGUCUACCCCACUGAAAAGCGCGGUGGAAGGGGUAUCAAGUGUCGUGAGUAAAGCGGCAUCUGCUUUAACAAACACGUUUCUGCCUUCGCAACGCCAUCGCAUUGUGACAGACGUGAAGUUUGGAGGUCACAAAUUCGCCGAGAUUUUCGAGGACAAGAACGAUGCUGGUUCUCUUACGUGCAAUCUUCUGGGCAACAGGAUACUUAUAGAACAUUUGUUGAAGUUCAUCCCAAGCGCGCUUGUCACUGACGUAACGAUGGAAGAAAUGGAAGUGUUCGUGGACAAGUGCGUCGACCGAGAGCCGGAGACAAAAAGAUCCUCCCUGUUGGAUUUGUUAGGCACCACACUUCAGAGCCUCCUGAUAUACCCAGGUACCAAAUGGUGUGGGGCUGGAGACAUUGCCAACGGCUACGACGACUUGGGGAGGGCCAAAGAGAUUGAUAUGUGCUGUCGCGACCACGAUCACGCCGAUGACAAAAUAUUGGCUUUCCAGACAAAGCACGGAAUCAAAAAUUUUAUGUUCUAUACAAUGGAGACAUCCAUCUCCAGGGAGACAUCCACAGGGAGACAUCUGGGCGUCUAUUUCACACCGCAAUUGCCAAAACCAUCGUCGAGACAUCUGAGCGUCUAUUUCACACCGCAAUUGCCAAAACAACUUAGGGGCUGCAGUGAGUGCAGCUUGGUCGGCGCUUAAAUUAGCCGCUAGACUGACCACAUUUUGUCUAAUUGAAUCAGUGAUAUUCGCGACUAAGGUAUGGCUGACAUCGGCAUGUUGCAUUUUGCGUGGAAAUACCUGCAAUGUGCCUCGAGCGCACCGCCGCGUGGCUACUUUGCGUGUAUUCCCGGGCUUCUUUCACGCUCGGAUAGACACUUUUACGUAUCAUGUAUUGAGCAACAGAAAGUUGCAUCAGGAGUUUUACAGCGAAGCUGUAUAUAGCUACCCUCCGGCGGCGGUCGAUGUCCGUCCGUCAAUACUCAUCGCGUCAACAAGAAAAAAAUUUCCUCUCCAGUUUGUUGCGAAUGCACUGUAGAUCUCAAUAUAAGGUAUAGGUAGCUCGGAAAAAAUUAUGCUGAAAUUGUCCGCUAAGACGACUCCACAAUUAUGCCAAGUAUCAUUUACUUGUCGUUAUUAGUUAGUUCACAGUGGAGUUGUAUAUCUUACAGAAGCCCCGUCUGCGGUCAACACAUGGCCGUCUACGGAGGGAGUAUGGUUACAGAAAACGAUAACCUUUUUAAAAAAUCAAAUAUAUACCUAAAGAAAUUAUAUGAAAAUUAGCCGGAAAGAUGACUACAACAUAACUCAGAGUUUCAUCUACGAUUCAUAAUUACGUAGUUCACAGUGAAGUUAUAUAUAUUGUGGAAUUUCUGUCUGCCAUGCGGUGGUACUUGCACUUGUCAGUCCUUCAUAAAAGAAUACAAAUAAAUCCCUCCACAUACAGGCAAAA